CAGCCACGUGACCCGCAGCGGCUUCCCACGUGAGACGCUUUCCCGCUCUGGCGGCGGGGAGUGGAAACGAGGCUGGGGUGCCGGGGGCUCCGCGGGCGCAGUGCGGGCGCGCGGCGGCCAUGCCGGGGGCUUCCCGCUCGCUGGCGGUGGCCGGGGGAGGCGAGAGCAGCGACAGCGACGAGGACCGCUGGGUCAUCGGGUUCGUGCAGGAGGAGCCGCAGCAAUUUAGUAAAAAAAUACAGUUAGAAGACAAGGAUGAAACAUUAAAGAAAGCUUUGACUUCUGGGGAUGUGUCCAUGAUUGAAGAACUUUUAAAUUCAGGUGUGAACGUAGAAUCUAGUUUUCAGUUUGGAUGGACUCCCCUGAUGUAUGCUGCUAGUGUUGCUAAUGUGGAAUUAGUUCGUAUCCUUCUGGACAGAGGUGCUAAUGCAAGCUUUGAUAAGGAUCAAUAUACUGUAUUAAUGGCUGCAUGUACUGCACGUGCUUCAGAGGAGCAGAUUUUGAAGACUGUGGAACUACUUCUGUCAAGGAAUGCCAAUCCCAGUGUUGCUUGCCGGAAGCAAAUGACUCCGCUAAUGUAUGCAGCUCGAGAAGGACACCCUCAGGUUGUUGCUCUUCUUGUUGCUUAUGGAUCACAAAUAAAUGCCCAGGAUGAAAAUGGUUAUACAGCACUGACAUGGGCAUCCCACCAGGGACAUAAAAAUGUAGUCUUGAAGUUGCUUGAACUUGGAGCUGAUAAAAUUCUGCAAACCAAAGAUGGAAAGACAGCAGGAGAGAUUGCAAAAAGCAGUAAACAUUCAGAGCUUUUUAAUUUACUUUCUUUGACUGCAAAUCCCUUGCAAGGGAAGUUCCAGAACCUGCUUAAAGAAGAGACUAUCCACAAACUCUUGAACGCAGUCCCUGAUGCAGUUAGAGAUCAUAGAGUUAGUUCCUAUGCAGCCUUUGGUGACCUAGAAGUGUUUUUACAUGGUCUUGGUCUAGAACACAUAACAGAGUUAUUAAAGGAAAAAGAUAUAGCUUUAAGACAGCUUCUGACCAUGAGAAAAGAUGAUUUUACACAGAUUGGGAUUACAAAUACCAGAGACCAGCAGAAAAUCCUAGAUGCUGUUAAAGAGCUACAGGUGGAAGAAGUAAAAUUUGGAGAGUUGCCUGAAGUGAUGAACUUAGAAUUCAGUGGCGAUGAGUUCCUCACUUUUCUUCUGAAACUGAAUAGACAGUGUGGUCAUCUUACAACUGCUGUGCAAAAUAUAGUUAGCCAGUUACCCACAAACUCUCACAAGAUAGUACUCGAAUGGGGUCCACCCCAGAGCUUCACUAAAGUUUGUGAGGACUUGGUUUGCAAUGUUGAAGAUUUGGGUGAAGAAGUUAGCAAACUAAAGGACCUCAUGCAAAAGCUUCAAAAUGAACAGAAGAAUGACCCCACUCGUGUGCGACCCCUGGAAAAAACACCUACCUGGAAAAGUAGAUUAAUAAAAAGGGCAGCAGUAACCCUGUUUGGAUUUGGAUUUCUCUUUCUUAUCACCAAAUUAACCUUAAGGAAAGCCUGAUUUUAUGCAUACUUCUAACAAACUUUUGUUCUCAAAUAUGAUUCUGUUCAAUGUAUGGAACUACAAACCAAUUUAUAGGAAGAAAAUAUAUUUGAAGAAGUACAUUAAAUUCUUCUUAGCUUCAUUUCUGAAGAGUUUAAAUUUUGUAAUAUUAUAAAUAAUUUAGAAACAAAAUAAAGGUUACAAAUUCAGUGCAACCAAUCAUAUUUAUUUGUGUUUAAAAGUUUUCUUUACAAAAUGGGUAUGGCUUGUAAGUAUAAACCUUUUCAAAGUUUUGUUUUUAUAUUUCAUUUUUGUAAGAAAUAAAAACAUAAUUCUUAU